AUUCGGCGCGCUUUUGAAGGUUGUAACUUUUUUUCACGUGGUAUUAUUUUAUUUUCCUAUUAGUUUUUCUCUUUAAUUUAACACUUAAUAGCGAUAAAUAAUUCGUCACUGAUAGGGUUCUAUCAAUUUGACACCUUAUUUAGGAACUCAACGUCAUAAAUUAAUCUUGCUAAUUCUCACGCUAUCUCUAUCACCAAUUAACGUUAAUAUAUUUACUCUUAACUAAUACUGGGUCUGAUCCUACCAUAAAACUUCACACGUUCACUAAGUUAAAUUACAACUAUCGCUGUCCACCUAAUUAAACUUUGUAUUUACAUUACUUCCGAUAAUGACCAGGCCAUCUAAAAAACAUAUAAUCUCUCCUGAUGCCUAUAGCACCUGCAAAAGAUCUAAAUCAGUCACUAAAGCGAAUAAUGUGAAACCUUAUAAACACACUGAUCAGUCUGCAUCCUACUCUGAUCUUCCCUCAGCCACACUUAACGUUCACCGUUUACUUGGACAAGACAUAUUACUACCUUGCAUCUCGCUUGUCGAUAUAAAUAAGAGCAGUCACAUACCGUUAGAGUCGACAUCAUUUGUCAGUCCAAACAAAAACACCACAUGUUGUGAGCAGUAUUUAGACAGUGCUGUUGAUCCCAAACACCCAGCAAUCUCACAAUCGGCCAUCCUGAAUAGCGGCCCACGGAGUAUAUGUAAGCCUGCCUACAAUAGCCAGCCCGGUGAUGUAGAUCUUGACUACUCACCCAGACAUAUACCCCAUCCCCCAACUAAGUGUGCACAAAGUGAACAUCCGCUAGACACCUGCAACAGGCCUGUAUGUAACCAUAUCGACCUUAGAAACUUUGAUAUAAACUCCGAUAAUCUCACCACUGGUAGACCUAAAAGCAGCCAAACAGAACUUAGCCUCACCCAAACUAUUCAAGACCUAUUACCUUACAAAUAUUUAAUCAGUGUUCCAGAAAAUCCCGAUCUGGAAAUUAUAAAAAACACUGAAAAAGUAAUUGACCAUAUAUCAUCUGAAGUGUUGAAAAGACUUCAGUGUAUGCAGAAUGUUAUUGUGUAUAAUAUACCUGAUAGUACGAACAUAAAGACUGCUAAAAAUACUCUGCUACAAGAAUGUGGAUUGUCGCAAUCUUGGUGUGUAACAAGAAGAUUACGUAAGGCACACACUAAAGCCUCCUGUCCCAUUCUAUUUCAGUUUGGUAGCACCACUGAAGCUAAUCACCUCCUCAAUAGUCAGUCAUUACUGAGGCGUAUUCCAACAUUUAAAAAGAUUAGGAUCAUUCAUGACAGGACCGCUAUCCAGCGUCGAAUCUGCAAUGGAACACAAACUGAUCAACCCAGCUUACGUAGCCGUGGCAGCUACAGCUCUUGUCACUGCACAAACCCUAAAAUAUCAUACACUGCCCCCCCAAAAAACGGAGGCACGUCGGACACUGCUAUUAGUCCUAAGGACAAGACCGCACAUAAAGCAGCUACAACCACUCACCCUCAGCCCAGACACUCAGCUACCCCAAAAUGCCAAACCACUUAUGCCUCAAUAGCGUCCAAGUAUUACCCUAGCGGCCCUUAUAAAAUGCCUAAAAAUGAUCCUCCCAGGGAUCGCGCUAACAGCUACAGACCCGCGGACACCGCUGUGCGAAAAAACACCAAACUCUCCGUAAAAACCCACCAAUACUCCAGCACCCCAAACCCAAAACAUGCACCUUCUCAUAGUAAUAGAAUGCCCUACAACAAACAUAGAGAACUGGCAACACCCGCUCAUCCUAAUGUGAAACGACACUCGACAAGAACCACACCCACACGUGAUACCCAUAAGUCAUAUGGUGUCAACCUUGUAAGCCCCAUGAACCAACACAAAACUAUACACAACAGAAACACCUCUCCUGGCAAUAAUAACAGGCAUUCCUUCAUCCCUUACCAGAAACAUACAACCUCCCCAACUGACCACAAUAGGACUAAAAUUGCCCACCGCACACGAGGAAGCCAUAACGCUGGCCUACUUGGGAACCCACCUACAGAUUCUAGGUACUAUCCAAGUCAAGCCACCCAAUACAACGGUUUAGUCCCCCCUAAUUCGACAUGCACACUAUCUCAUCCUUUUUUAUCUCUCUCCCCCUCAACAUUACUGCUAUGGGGUCUCCAAAUGUUGAGGGCGACAAUCCCACUAUUCUGA